UCGCUACAAGUAGGUAGUUUGUCGAUAGUGGUCAAUAAUUCAAUACAUACUGGGAUACGAUGUCUUCUGCAGUUUACUUCAUGUUUCUUCAAUAACUGGUAACGAAUAAGUAAUGUUUCUAAAAUGACGUCAUUGUCAAGAGCAGUCUUAGGCUCGUGCUGCGCAAUAUCUUUGGGGAUUAUCGGUUACGUGCAUUAUGCCCAGUUCAUGGAAAGGGAGGAACUUCACGCGGGUGUUAUACGUGACUGGGAAAAACAGGAGCGUAUGAAGAGAAAGAACACUUAUGCACUUUCACGCCAAAUGGAUAUUGCCAAAGAAUUGCGCAAAGAAGAGUUAACGCGGCAUGAAACAUGAUUAUGUUGUAGCGAGUAGAUACAAUUAUACAUGGAUGCGGAUAAUUUUCUGCCCAUCCUUUUGACUAUACCACUGUUGUUUUUUUUGUCGAUUACACAACCUAAGAAUCGCGUGCGUAUUGCAUAUUGCCAGUGUAUCGGCGCUGUACGCUUGCAUUUCUAGUGGGAUAAAUCAUAUGAAGAACAUAAGAUUCAGGGCACCGUUUUCUGGGUAUACGUCAAAUUGGAAAAAAAUAUAGUCAAAUGUUUCGAUUUUUAUAGAAACUUCGAAGAGGGUAAACUUAUUUAAACGGUGUUAAAAAAAAAAUUUUCAAGCAAAAAGAUGUAAUUUAAUUGUUUGAUUAGCUAUCACAAUUUUGUAGUUUGUAUCUGGGCAUCGAAUAAAUUGUUUCGUUUUCUUUACAAAUAUUGAUCUGUAUACAUGUCUAGAAAUAACUGUAAUCAAUUACGGUAAUCUGUUGACUUUUCCCCGCAAAAAACAAUCAUUAAAACCGUGUACGGCUCUUCGCGCGAGCUGAUGUGAGCUAUAAAAUAAGCACACAUUGUAAGUUAUAUACGACUGUGUACAUAUAGACUACUCACGUAGUCAGGAGCCGCUUUCAUCGUAGAUUUUAAAUAAAACAUUUGAAAAACCUA